AUGGUAAGCUAUCGACUGUUUAUCUGGUGGCGUCAUUGUCAACUCAGGAAUGGCGCGAAUCAGUUCUUCAUCCUCAUUUACAAUCUCGUCAUCGCGGACAUACAGCAAGCCAUGGCCUUUGCGCUGACUGCAUUUUAUCUUGCUGAAGACAAGAUCGAGGUUGGCACAACUACAUGUUUUGCGAAUGGCUGGUUCGUAAGCACCGGUGACCUCGCAUCUGGAGUAUUCAUUCUCAAUAUAGGGCUUCACACCUUCUUGACCAUCGUCAAAGGUCAAACGAUCAGCGAUAUGUCAUUCUACCUUUGGCUUGCUGGCUCUUGGGCUUUUGUCUACUUCAUGGCUAUACUGACAGUGGCAAUGCACAAGAACGUCUAUGUUCGAGCAGGCGCAUGGUGUUGGAUCGACAAGCGCUAUGACAAGGAGCGUCUGUGGCUCCACUACAUCUGGAUAUUCAUUGCCAUGUUCGGUGUUGUCGUCAUCUACGCCAUGAUCUAUUUCUUCAUCAAGGCUCGACUUACUGGCAAGACCAGAACAAAUAUCAACACUACCAGCGACAAUCGAGCUGAACUCGCCAACGCCAGACGCGCCGCCAAAUACAUGAUUAUCUACCCCGUCGUCUACGUGGUCUGCACCUUACCUCUAGCUGGAGGUCGUAUGGCCGCGAUGUCUGGUGUUUUAGUACCUCCGUAUUGGUGGUACUGUUUUGCUGGUGCAGCCAUCACAUCCUGUGGUUGGCUUGAUGUAGUUCUCUACGCCAUCACUCGGCAUGUUCUCGUCUUUCCACGAUCGGCUCCACCAAAGACUAACCUAGGUCUCAACACCUUCGGCUGGCAUCCAACUCCACCUUUCUACGGUGUCACCACGACUGUAGAGGCGCCAUUGAGUCGUGCUGCGAGGCGACACGAAAGCAAAACCAGCAUCUUGAGUCCGGUGUGGCGUCCUCUAAGACGCAGACAAAGCGACGAGGAUUAUUUUGCAAACGUGCCGGAGGGGGUCAUCAUGACAAAGACCACGAUUGAAGUUACCUCGAUCCCUGCUCCUCAUCACAGUCUGACCAAUGAUGCAUAUGCGCGAAGUGAGACCAGUGUGUUGGAAAUAGACGACAAGGCUGCUAUUGUGACUCCAAGCGGGAGUGUGUCCAGAUGA